GCAUUCAUGUAUUAGGUGUGUCGCUUCUUUGUUCCACCCUGUAUAAAAAGGCCACAUCUCUCUCUGCUUCUGAAGCAAAGCGUGCAAAAGCUCUGUAUCUACUCAUUUAGACAUAAACGGGGAGGGAAAAAGGUUAUAAAACUCUGCUACAUGGAAGUUCCUUACAGGAGAACUAGAGAUGGCGUUUCAGAGAUUUUCAGGAGAGAACUGGGAUUGUCUCAUUCUCGUUCCUUCACUCGCCGAUUCUCUGCUUCUGAGGUAGUUGUGAAGCAAAUCGAUCUUUAUGGGGAGCUAAUUGGUCAUGAGGGAAGUGUAAAUGCAGUGGAAUUCAACUCUACUGGCGAUCUUCUUGUGUCAGGUUCCGAUGACACAGACGUUAUAUUUUGGGAUUGGGCAACUAAAAGCAGAAAGUUUUCAUUUUUUUCAGGCCACUCUGGCGAGAUAUUUCAGACCCGAAUCAUGCCAUUCACCGACGAUCGGAGAAUAGUUACUUCUUCAGCUGAUGGGCAGGUUAGGCUUGUGCAGGUAUUGGAUAAUGGCCAAGUUGAUACAGCAAGGUUGGGGAAGCACCAAGGGCCUGUACACAGCCUUGCUGUGGAUCCAGGAAGUCCCCAUAUUAUUUAUAGCUGCGGUGAUGAUGGUUUCGUGCAACAUUUUGAUGUGCGCAGUUGGUCUGCUACAAAGCUUUUCUGUUGCUCCUCGCUCACAGAAAAUAGCAAGCGGCCUCCUAAUAGUAUAAAAUUGAAUGCCAUUGUAAUUAACCCGAGAAAUCCAAAUUACUUUGCUGUUGGAGGUUCUGAUGUAUUUGCACGUGUCUACGACAUAAGAAAAUGCAGAUCGGAUGCACCUGUCAACACAUUCUGUCCCCGUCACCUGAUAAAGUCUAAAAAUGUGGAAAUCACAGGAUUGGCUUACUCUAACACUAGUGAAUUGCUUGUCUCUUACAGUGAUGAACUUAUUUAUUUGUUUCAGAAGAACAUGGGAAUGGAACCUUACCCAUUCUCCACAAGCCCUCAAGAUUUGCAGAAACUUGAGGAGCCUCAAGUUUACUUGGGUCACAGAAAUGCAAUUAAAGGGAAAGGAGUGAGUUUCUUUGGCCCUAAUGAUGAAUAUGUACUGAGUGGGUCUGAUUGUGGCAAUAUAUUCAUUUGGAAGAAGAGAGGUGGCAAGCUUCUGCGAUUAAUGUUUGGUGACCGACAAUUUGUAUGUCAGCUUGAGCCCCAUCCACAUAUGCCUAUUUUUGCUACUGGUGGAAUCGAAAAGAAUGUGAAGCUUUGGGUUCCCAUGGCAAGUGAAGCUCCUCCACUUCCUGAAAAUGUAGAAAAGAUUAUGGAGUCAAAUAGGCAGGGCAGAGAGGAACAUUCAGACGUAGCUCUUACCCCAGAAGUCAUCAUGCUUUUUCUCCUGCAAAAACGGCAAACAUUGGCAUAUAGAGAUAGAUACACUGUUGAGAGUGACGAAGAUGAAGGGGAAGCAUAAGUUCUAGGAUUUUCAGAUGCUGAUGCCUCUUCUGAAGGCAAUAUUAACACCUAACAUUCUUGUGAAAUUUUACAAUUCUACUUGCAAUAUGUGAAAAUUUGUAACCACCUUCCACUUCCAACUGAGGAGACAGGAUUUCAGCCAAAUAAUCAAAGGAUUUCAGCACUAGAAUUUACAAUAAUCA